AUGUAUAUGUCAAGGAAGCUUGCGCUAACAGCCUACGGCUCCUGGAUAUUGUGUCUAUUGAUCUCUGACUCUUUAGCUCUCAGCAUCUCAGCUCUUGCAUCAGUGACUCUCCGUAGAGCCGUCAAGAUUGCCCCAGCUGCUGCGAUUCAGAUCAACUACUCUGUAUUCGGGCUCUGCUGCGAGGGAGAAAGGGGGACUCACAUCCUUGACAAAUGCUGGAAGCUUGGUGUAGCCAUCGUGACAGCAAUACCCUUCGGUCGAUAUCUUCUAACUACCAACUUCAUCGAGAGAACGGCAUCUAGGCAGAAAUAUAGUGGCGACAUUACUCCGGUUCCAGGAAGACAGAGGAUUCAGUAUGUCGACGAGAAUUGGGCUGCUCUUGAUGUAGUUCUUAGUGGCGAAGGGAAAGCUGAGAUCAGGAUCUUGUGGAGAAAGAUUACCGGUAUGCCAUUGCCUCUUGCUGUUAUGGUUGGCUUAUGUACUCAGAGAUAUAAAGGAGGAGUCUGA